AUAUCUAGGGAAAAUUGGAAAUAUGGAACAAAAAAACUGAUACAUUGUCCCUAUGCCAUAAUCUGAAACAUAAAUUGUCCCCUUGGUAUAAUUUUUUAAGAAAACCCAAUUAUAUCCCUCAUCUCAAAUGAUUUAAAAUGAUUUCGAUUUUUUAAAUAUAAUUAAUUAAAAAAAUAAAACAAAAAGAGAAAAUAAAACAAAAGGGGGAAAUCGUGUUUUAACCCUAAUAUCGUUUCUCUCCUUUGGCGAUACAGAGCAAAAGAGGAUUCUCAGAUCCUCGAUUUCUCAGAGGUCUCCUUGCCGUCGCCGGUCUUUCUUCUGACCGCUAGCACUCCGCCGGUGGUCUUCUUCUUCUUAAUCGAACCUCCGGCUCACUUCGCGUCUCGUUGUCAAUUAAAUCGCCGAACACAGAAGCUCGUACCUCGCCGGGAACUGAAGUUGUUACCUCGCCGCUCUGCAAUUCACACACUCAGCUUUAGUUUCAAGCAAAACAAUCGAGACUUUCAGGUAUGACGGUGGAUCAGUUGCCUAAAUGCCUAUUCAAAGAGGGUACCGAAACACAAGUUGAGAAGGUGAACAACACUUGUAGAACUUCUAUACUUGAGGAGGUGGAGAAGUACGUUGAGGCAGAGUACAAAGAAGUGUUGGCUGAUCCGCUGUUUGCUCAGGUUAUGGCAAUUUAUGAGCAUAAGCUUCAGUAUUCGGGGAGACUGAUCCACACCUUUGCUUGUAAGCAGCUUCUUACCGCAAAACGUCAUGAGUUGUGGUUCCAUUAUGCUCGGAGGCCUCUCAGAUUUGCGAUGCAAGAAUUCCAUGCGGUUACUGGUCUGAAAUACAAAGACGACGAGCCUGACUUGGGUAUUGAUGAUUGGAGCUAUGAUAAAGGGUUUUGGGGUAGGUUGCUAAGGAGGAAAAAAAAGAUUAGCUUACAGGAAAUCAGGAAGGUGCAUCUGAAGGAUUGUAAUACCUGGUCUCAUCUCGACAGGCUUAGGAUGGUGUAUUUGUGUGUGAUCGUUGGUUUAGUUAUGGCGAAGGAUGAGAGGGUUUGCAUCCCACACAAGUACAUCAAGCUGGUUAUGGAUUUCGAGAAGAUGAGGAAAUAUCCAUGGGGUCGUGACUCCUUUGAUUUGCUGGUGAAAUCCAUGAUCGAAGCUAGGGGCAAAGUGAAGAAGCAGAACAGUUAUGUUGUAGAUGGAUUCUCAUAUGCACUACAGAUUUGGUUGAUGGAGGCUAUUCCAGACAUCGGGUCUCUUUUGGGUCAGAAGCUCAGAGAAGGCGUCACUAGCAUGCGAUGUAGGAACUGGAAAGGAUCUGCUAAGGUUUCUUAUGACGAUAUUAUUAGCAUGGAGUCUAAUUUUGCAUCCACUGGAAAUGUAUUUCCAUACAUCUCUUCUACUGGAAAUUGCAAGAUCAUUGUUGAUGCUGGAUUUGAACGGGACGAUGAGAUGAAAGAUGAAAGAGUCGAUCUCAUCAUUGACAUGUACGAACAGAAGUAUGACUGGAGUAAACAUGUUUGGCAGCAUCAGGAAACUGUCCAAGCAUUUGUGUACAGUUCUGAUGAAGAUGGUUCAGAGGAAGAAGUGGCUCGUGAGUCGCGUGACACUGGACGGGAAGAAGUUGAAACCGUCCGUGUGUCUCCUGCAAAGAAGCGAAAGAACAAGUAUCAGGACAUUGGAGCCGAGUCAAGGAAGAAGAGGUUACUUUCCCAAAGAUCAGCUGACAAAUAUAGAGAUGUUGAAGAGGAAAUGAAGUCUUAUAUCCAGGGUAUGUUUAAGUCUUCAUUUACUUCCUUGGCGCUUGAGGUACGUGACAUAAUUGAAGACCGCUUCACCAAAUUAGAGGAGAAGUUGCUUUCAUCUCAGAAAACUGGUCCUUCUCCUGCUCCUACUCCAUCUUACACUCCUGGUCCUGUUCUAGCUUCUACUGAUGCUCCUACUACUGUUGCGGCUUCUACCUUUGAUCUUACUUCGGCUUCUACUCGCACUGGUGCUCCUCAAAAGACUUCUCGUGCUCCUGCUUCUUCUCGCGGUCGAGGUUCUGCUUCUUCUCGGGGCCGAGGUUCUGCUUCUACUCGCAGUCAAGAGUCGGCUCCCUCUCACACUGGUGCUCCUGCAGAUGCUGCAAAGACAAGGUCACAGACAAAGGUAAACAAGAAGUAGAUCUCUUUUGAUGUCAUGUACUGUUCUGGCGGUUUGUAAUAUAUAUUUAAGGAUGAUGUGUUGUUUGAUGUUUGUAAUAUAUAUGUAUGGAUGGUUAUGUGUACUUGCGGUUUGUAAU